UUUCUCUUUCAAUGGCGUUUUUGAGUAUUCUGCAAAUGGGUUCUUUCUCUUUUGCUCUGUUUCGCUUUGUAUGUACACAAAAGCUGUUUCAUCAGAUCUUUGCGGCGAAGAGAAGACAUGAGUUUGUAGAAAUGUUUCUCUCACGUUUAAGCAAUGUGAAUACAUUCCAUAUUAUUUUUCAUAUAAAAAAAUUUAUUCAUUUUCGUGUUUUUUUUGUUUUCCUGCCAUCUAAUGAUUAACGAAAUUCACCUUUAUCCUUUUCUUUCAGACAGAGGCAACCGAAAGAAACUAUUUUUAUUUAGUUUUUUUUCUUUGAAUCGUAAGAGUUUUGGGACUCUUUCCUUUUCCCCUGUUUCUCCCUUCUCUUCAUUCCUUUGUAUUUAUACGAUUUAGGGAGCACAAUGUUACGAGUUCUAUAUAUAUAUAUAUAAGAUUUUAUUACAACUUCUUGCUUCUACGUUCUCUGGUUUUCGUUUCUUCCCUAAUUUGUGUUUCAAAUCCCAUUAUUACUCUCCUCUGACAAAAGCAAAGGUUAAAGGUUCUGCAUUUGUUGGUGAACAAUAUACAAAUGGAGAGGCUGAACUCGGAGCUCUACCUGCAGAACUGUUACAUAAUGAAAGAGAACGAGAGGCUGAGGAAGAAAGCUCAGCUUCUGAACGAAGAGAAUCAGCAGCUCCUCUUCGAGCUCAAACAGAAACUGUCCAAAUCCAAGAACCCUAACGGAUCAAACAAAGGAAACAACAACAACAAUGAGAUGAUGGGUCAUGAUCUCAACCUCUGCUCAUCGAGCUCAAACCCUAAACCCUGAAUGCAAGACACAGAGUAAAAAUUGUUGGUCACUUUGCUUAGAGAAGAGACAAAUCUCAUGACCCCACUUAGAAGAACUCGACCUUUUGUUUAUCUCUUUUUUUUUUGCUAGUUUCUUUUUUUUUUUAAUGGGGGGUUUGUAAGAAGAACACUGGUAGUGAUUAUGGUGGUAGCAGCAAGCAGCAGCAGUAGAUGGUGUCAAAUUGUUUUCUGUGUUAUUACAAUAGGACAGUUUGUUUGUAGUGUCUGCUCUCUCUCUCUCUCCUAAGUGUCUUUCACUUUUGUUUCUGUUUCUAUGUUAA